UUGAUAGCAGCAGCUUUUGCUUCAGUUAAUCCAGUCCACCGUUUCAGCUUCUCUUUUUCUUUUUAUAGGUCCAAAAAAUUCGAAUCUUUUAUCGAAACAGUAUUAGUAAAAGACUAUCAUCAGCGGCCCUACACGGAUCAGCUUCUCAGGCAUCCAUUUAUUCGUGAACAGCCGCCUGAACGGCAAACACGCAUUGCAAUCAAGGACCAUCAGGACAGGCAUCGUAGAAUAAUCAAUAAAAAAGAUGAAACGGAAUACGAAUAUUCGGGCAGCGACGAUGACGAUAAUCAUGGCCAAGGUGGCAAACCCCUGGAUCUCGCCGCAGAAUUGGCAACCCAUGAUAGCACAUUGCGCAAAGGUUUCCAGCGUUUGCAAGAAAACAACAAAAAUAUGUUUGAGCAUUCACCGACGCAGCCGGUUCGACAGCGUUCCGCGCUUGCCGGUCCCGUGAUUCUGCCAUCCAAAUUGGCAACGCAUGACAGCACAUUACGCAAAGGUUUCCAGCGUUUGCAAGAAAACAACAAAAAUAUGUUUAAAAGUAGCAGCAGCAUAUAUCGCGGUGUUUUAGGUUUUGGUGUGGAUGAGUCGCCACGCGAGCACGUCAAACUACGUCAGCAGAAGGUGGAUCCACGCCUAGUGCUGAACAAUGGCUUGGGCCAUCAGCAUCACGCCGAUUACAAUCGACGCUCGCAGCGGCCACUUUCUCAUCAUCAAACGGGGAGAAAUGCUCGCCGUAAUGCUUUUGUGAUUUCUAUUGGCUCACCUCCCUCGGACGACGUUGCAACCCGUUCGGCCCAUUUUUGUCUUGCUCCGCAUUACUCUCUUCUCAUUUACUGCUUUUCGCUCGAAAAAGAAGCCAUUCGACUGGCUGCUGAGCAACAGCAACAGCAGCAGCAGCAGCGUCGUGACCGAAGCGCUGCAUCCUCGCGUGAUCAUCAGGUCCGGGAUGCGCCACGUGAGCUGAAAACACCACCACAUAUUGCUCGUGUGAGUGCUUCAGUUGCGGCGUCGAGUCCAGUGCGAAAGAUGAGUGAACCGGUGCUCAAUGGCAAAACUGAGGUAUGUGCUUGCGCUCAGUUACCUGAACUUCUUUUGUUCUUCCUUCUCUUCGCUCCUCUCUUUAACCAUUUUCGUUUUUUUUUUCUUUUUUUGGUUUGGUGA